AGGUUACUGACAACGCCCUGCAGCUUGGUGCCGCACUUUCGCUAAAUACUGUAAUCCAAGAAUUGAUGAACUGUUCUCAGAAUUCCAAGUCAUUUGAGAUUCUUGCAACUCACAUUAAAAAGGUCAAGUGAAAAUGACAUAUGUUUCUGCAAUACUAGUCUAGGACCUGCAUAGGAGUUUGUACGCGUUUUAUUUAGCACAGUUAAUCUCAACAUUUUUAGGGUAAAAUGACCAUGGCGGUCAACAUAACAUAUGUGCCGAAACCUGAAUCCGGGACCAACAACCUGAAAACGACCCCGCCCCGAAACGGCAGUGCCGACAUAGCUCUAACUUCCGAAAAGCAAAAGGAACGCAUUAGCCAAGCUAGUCUAAAUUCAUCAAUCGCGGGCGCAUAUGGCUAUGGUUCUGUUCAUGGCUGGUCAUCCUCACCGAUCUCAAAAUAUGUAGUGGACUCUCGUGAAUAGCGAACACUGACUGGUCGAAUUUGAAAUUUGCAUUAUAACGACAUGACGUCAGCGAAAUAACAUUUCUUGCAAAUAAAUUGUAUUUUUGCAAGAUUUUGUAAAUUUCAAAACUUCAUUGAGAAAAAAGCGCAAAAACAUCUAAAAGAAUGGAGGAAAGACGCCCCCGCCGACAUAUAAUUUCAGUGCUUUUUUUAUUAAUUACCUUUUUUAUUAUAUUACAUGUUUAAAUAUACAGGGUGUAUCAAAAAAAAGGUAAUCAAACUUCAGCGCGCUAUUGUAUCUGAAUUACUCUAAGUAUGAACGAGAUUUUUUCACAUUCGGAAAGAUCAUGCUAUUAGCUGUUAAAUGACAUUUUCUUCAUGCCAAAUGGAUAAAAAAUGAGGAAAUACGAAUCCGAUAAAAAAUCUUAGUCAAAAUCGCAUAUUUUCACCGUUGAGAGUUAGGUCUAAAACCAUUGAAAAUGAAUUCCCUUUAGGACUUAAGUUGAUGAAUUUCACUUAUUAAACUGAACACAUAUUCAUAAUCUUAGCUAAGCUACGACACGUUCGUGAUUAAUUGCUUUUUUCUUUUGUUAUGCAUUGUUUUAAUUAGGCACAGAGGUGAAAAUAUGCGAUUUUGACUAACAUUUUUAAUCUGCCUCGUACAUGCUUAUUUUUUCUCCACUUGGUAUAAAAAGCAUGUCAUUCAAUAGCUAAGAGCCUGAUCUUUCCGAAUAUGAAAACCAAUUGUUCAUACGCAGAGUAAUUCACGUAUAAUAGCGCCCUCAAGUUCGAUUACCUUUUUUUUAUACACCCUGUAGAGGAAUGUAAAGUUAUUUUCUUGCGAGAAUUUGAAAUCAGUCAAUUUCAAACUCACAAAUUACCGAUAAAGGCAGUAUAGUUUUAAGAACAUUUAAAACGUUUUGUGUAGCGUUUGUGGUAGAAUUUUACAUCAAAUUGAAGCUUAUAUUACGUAUAAUAACGCAUAAUAACAUACCUAGCAUGUAUGUGUUUGGGAAAUUGAUAAUUUUGUAAUUAAAAGUGAUAGUUUGGGGUGAUUUUUCAAUUUUAAAACUAUUCUUAAUAAAAUUAUCGAAUUACCAUGAGAACUACUUUCAAUAUUUCAUGUUCGGAAAACAUAAUGGUUUUGUUAGUAAGGUGAGGGUUUCGGCAUGCAUGUAUUUUCUAUUGCUGAUAUUUAGUUGGGUUGGGUUGGGUUGGGUUGGUUGGGUUGCUGUGGUGUGAUUGGCCAUGUUUUUGGAACACUGUUACUGUAUGUAAUAUGACUGAACUGGACUAGAUCUCAUGUUCGCACAAUUUCAUAAUUCUUGUCUAGAACGAAUUGGAGGAUUUGAAAUGCCAUCUCAUACGAAUGAAUCGCUACUUAAUUAAACUUGAGGUGAAUUAAAUUUGAUCCAGUCUUAGGCAUGGAUCAAUAUACUUCACCAGGUAUCCCGUAUUAUCAUGCGAGCAAAAUAAAGCAAUAUGGUUGCCUAAUUUACUCAUGAAUUAUUAAUGAGUUUGAGAUAUAGUGAGCAAGUUUUACCCAUAAAUUAGAUUAGAAUAGCAAGUUUUUGUGCCAUCUUGGAGCACGGAAUGAACUCAAAAUUGCUAUGAUUGAUGUAUAAAUUGCAAUCUAAUGACGUGUGCAAUAUUUUUGUUUUUGGUAAAUGUAUACAAGAAAAGACGGAGGCAUAGAAGGGCGAGGGCGGAAGCUGUUUACGCUUGGGCCGUAACGUUUGACGAACGAAGCAAAAACGGAUCCGAUACAAUGUAGAAAGAGCUUAAAGUUAUCCAUUUACAAUUAUUGGGGGCCGACUUGGGGGCAGUGACGAUACAUACUGUCAACUAAUACAUUUAAUUUUUGUUCAUAGAUUGCUAACGUUCCAGUUAGAAAUGUGAGUACCGGAACGAAUUACGUAUUAUUAAGGUAGAAUGGUAUCAUUUUGAAUCUAGUGAAUUCAUGUUAGGAGUUUUGGAUAAUCUCGAAUUGUGAGCAUAUAUACGCAGCAGGAUGCUAAAAAUAUUUUAGAAUCGUGAUUCAAUUAUAACCAUGCAUGAAUUAUAACCAUGGUUCACAUUAAUCAUAAUCAUGGUUCACGUGAAGGCCCUUUCCGAACUAUGUAGUUUUUUCGCAUCGCGGUAUAGCACUUCAACGUGAAAAUAGCUGCAUGAAGCUGCAUGUAUUACUGAUAAUAGAGCAAUGGAUAUUAUGGAUUCAAAUUUUUUUGUUUUGAAUCAUAUCUAGAUUGGCUGUUGGGCUGGCAACUUGAUGCUGAUUCACAAACAUCGCGAUUUCCCGUCAGAUAUGUUUACAAUAAUGUGCGCAGUUGGAACCACCAUUAUGAUUGGUAAGAUAGAAAAUGGUAGUUUUUAUUUAAGAAAUAGAAAAUAGUAUCCGUGUUUCUGUACAGUAAUAGAAACACGCGCGUUCGGAAGUUUGGGGGAACGGGAAAUAAUCAGUGAGAAACGGGCCCGUACGUACGGCGAGUUCUUCCACGUUUCUUUGAGUUCUUCCAAACUACCUCAAGUGUUUUUGUCAUAGCCGCCUUUCGUGGGGAGGUGAAAAUCCCCUGAGAUACAAAUUCUCCAUAUUCAAAUGACGAUUGAACAGCUGAAUACUUUGACAUGCAUAUUCGAAUUCUUCCAGUCUCGGCAACAUACAUGUUAUAGUUCAACUGCAAUUUAAUACCGACGCAGAACGCGUCAUUUGGAUGCGCAGUGGGGACUUUGAAUUCCUUAUUAACUUAGCAGUGUUUUCAUCUAGGUGAAGUUGAUGGUUCGAGCCAAUCCUAUAGUUUAGAAGAAUUUUUGACCAUUAACAUGAGCAACAAGGUGAGAUAAAAUAGUACUCACGUCAUGAACUGCACCAGUAUAUUACAUGUUACCAAAUAAGCAACAGGCAUGCUGCUGCAUUUUCAAUAUGUUUUUCAUCAUCAUUGUUUCUUCUAUAUCCUUAUUUUGCCCUUUCAGGUGGUUCUUAGAAUGGACAUCCCAUUUUCUGCUGAAAAUGAAUUUGUGGGGACGUAUAAAAUUAUGCCAAGACAUCAGGUAUACAUUGUGUAAUUGUCAAGAAAUAUAC